AUGUCUUUGUGGAGUACCUACCGAUCUCUCACCCCCAAAACCCGGGCCUUGUUCGGCGUCGGCGUCAUGGCUUGGGCUGCCAUCGGAUUAUGGACAUCCCCGCAGGUCGAAAGCGCGCUGGGCAUGCAGGCUACGAAGGAGGAGCAGGAGGCAUUGGAUCGACAGAUGGCCGUGCGAAUCUCCCGGGCUGAAGGGGACGAUAAUAAGGGCAGCCAGUCUCGUUGA